AAAUAUUCCUUCCUAGUUCCUACGCAGAAUGUUUGUUUUGAGUUUUGACAAAAAUCCAGCCCCAAACUCCAAACACCAUUGCAAAACGAAGAGACGAAUGUGGGAUUGGAAUGCGAGCACAAGAAUAAGAUAGCCUCUCCGAACUGAUCACAGAGAUUCUGAAGCAAAACCAAACCAAACCCAUUUUCCCACUUCGAAUCAUAGCCUCCAAUUCCCUUCCAAGUUCGACCCAAACUCAAAAGUUCACUGGAAAUGGAAGGAAGGUUGAAUUCCCAAAGAAAGUAGCUGAAACUCUCUUCCCUGAGUUUCCCCAUUUCAUUCUGAUUCAUCCUUGCCUUGCUCUCUCUCUCUCUCAUCUUCAGUGCUGGGUUGUUCAAUUACCAUGAGAAAUCCCCUUCUCUUCCUCGUCUUCAUAGUAUCAGUUAUUGUUCUUCAAGCUGAUUCUGCUCCUUCUGGACCAUUGGCAAGGCACUUGUCUUCUCUUCUUAAAUGGACUGGUUCUUCUUCCAAAACUCCUCAACCAGAUGGGAAUGCUGUUCAGUUUGAGAGUGGCUACUUAGUUGAGACUAUUGUAGAGGGAAAUGAAAUUGGAAUGGUUCCUUACAAGAUUCGCGUCUCCGAAGAUGGCGAGCUCUUUGCUGUUGAUUCAGUUAAUAGCAACGUUGUCAAGGUUUCUCCACCAUUAUCUCGAUAUAGUAGAGCGAGAUUGGUUGCAGGGUCUUUCCAAGGCUACAAAGGGCAUGUUGAUGGAAAACCAAGUGAUGCUCGGUUCAAUCAGCCAAAAGGCGUAACUAUGGAUGAUAAAGGAAAUGUGUAUGUUGCUGAUACUCUGAACCUUGUCAUCAGAAAGAUUGUUGAUGCGGGUGUGACAACAAUUGCAGGGGGCAAGACGAACAUUCCGGGCUAUAGCGAUGGGCCUGGUGAGGAAGCAAAGUUUUCAAAUGAUUUUGAUAUCAUAUAUGUUAGGCGUACCUGUUCGUUGUUGGUUGUUGAUAGAGGAAAUGCUGCACUUCGCCAAAUAUCUCUUAACAAGGAGGAUUGUGAUUACCAAUAUGGUUCAGUUUCUACCUCAGAUGUUGCUAUGUUCAUUGGCGCUCUCCUAAUAGGAUAUUUUACAUAUAUGCUUCAACAUGGAUUCAGGCUUUCAUUCUUCUCUUUUAUGGUGCAGAGUGAACAUUUGGAGACUGAAACUAAAGAACUGAGCAAGGGGAAACAGAUUCACCUUGCAAAUACCAUAAAAGAUGAAACAUGGUGGGAGUCUUUUGGACAGGUCGUUGCCGAACUUUACAAGCAAGCAAUUGAAUUAUUGCCUGGAAAUUUCAAACCCUUUCUUCCUCCUUACUUUAGAUCAGAAGAUAAGCAGGAGAAAGGUCUGACACCUUUGAAAGAUGCUCUCAAGAUGCCAGAAGAUGAAAUCAAGACCAAUGUGUCCUUGAAACAGAGAACUGUCACUCCCCUCUCCGAAACCAAGCAUACCUCAAUCAAACAUGAUGAAUUGAAGCCACCAAAAAUGAAAUCAAGUAGUUUCAAGAAUCCAUCUCUCUUAAACAAGCAUGGCCAUUCGGGACAAGAGUACGCCGAGUUUUACGGGACAGGCAUGGUGUCUUCCUCCCAUAGCCGGUCCAAGGGCCAGAAGGAUAGAUCAAGACAUCGACAGAAAGAGAAAGGAUCGGAUAUCUUAACAAGUGUACUGGGGGCUGAAACCAAACCUGCAGAGAUGAGGACGGAUUAUAACGAGCCGAAGUUCGACCAGUACAAUAUCAGGAAUAAGUACAGAUAUGAUUCUUCAUCCUUCCAUUUCUAAUGAACUUGAUUCUUGAUGAAUUCCUUUGACCACACAUAGCCAAAGUACACAAAUGACCUCAGUUUUCUGCAAGGCUUGACAGCUUCUAGCUUCCUCGAAGAAGAUAGAUGGACAUUCUUGAAGAAUGGAUUAUGAAGAAACUUGAAGAUUGAGCUUUAAUGGCUUCUUUUUGUUUUAGCCCUAUGUUAUUUUUCUUGAAUCCUUUGAAUGUAGGCCUAGAUUUACAUUGGCUUGUUGAUACUCUUGAGAAUUAGUGGUCAUUUUGAUGAACCCACAAAUUCUAAAUGCUGCAACUUUGUUAAUUUCUUUAUAGAAUCCAUCAGGUGUUAGAAGUUGUAAA